GCUCAGAAGUUGUUCUGGGGCAGAGAUGUCCCUGGUGUGUCUCAAAGCGACAGAGAGACCUGGGUUUGAACCCUGUCUCUGCCACUAUGACAUGUGGCUUCACAGCUCUGAGGCUUAAUGAUCUUGUUGGCGCUGAGGUGAUGCUGAUGGCAAUGGUGAAGUGUAGUGGGGCUGGAUGGGCUUAUCCUCAGGAUGGGCUUGGCACACAGUAAGGCACGUGGGGCACACAGUGGGCACACAGUGCACAGGAGAGCCCAAGCAUCCUGCUUGUUUACUGCGAGGCUCUGAUCUGCUUAGGGCGGGCUGGGCAGGGGCCUUGCUGUGUGUCCACCCACCCGCUGUCCUGCUGUGGCUCAGCUUCCCUGGGGCCCAGCCGAGGGGCACUGCUCUGGGCACGGAAUGCCAGCUCAGGCAGGUCUGAGUCCGUCCAAGUCUGCGUGUCUGUGUGUGAGAUGUGGCUCCGGUCUGUCUCAGCCUGUCCUGUGUGUAUCUCUCUGAGUCCCUGUCCCAUGUCUUUGUGUGUUUCUGUGUGUCCCUGUGUGAGUGUCUGUGUCCACAUGUCUUGAGUCCCUGUGAGCAUCUGUGUCCCUGUGUCCGGGCUCUGUGGGUCCAAGCCUCUCUCUGUUCUUCUCUAAGUGUGUGCCCUGGUCCUCGUGUGUGUCCCCAUGCCGCCUGAGGACUGGCGCCCCGUCCCUGCUGCCCCCUCCUCCAGCCUGGUUGGCCCCUCCCCCUCUGGAGCUGCAGCCUCCUCCCCCUCCCCCGUGCACCAGGCUGCGGCGUCUGGCCUGGCGUCUACUGAGGAGGAGCAACUGCCGCUGCAGCCGCAGUCCCCAGUCCCGUCAGACCUGGUGCUGAGUCGGGGAGGGGCUCCCCGGCCUGCUGGCCAGCCAGCCGUGGGUUCGGGUUCCCCUGGUCUCUGCUCCCACGGAGGUUACUGAGGUACAGGUGGCUCUGCAUGUCAAGCGGUGGCAUGGAGUCCCUCUUCCCUGCUCCGUUCUGGGAGGUCCUCUACAGCAGCCACCUGCAGGGAAACCUGUCCCUCCUGAGCCCCAACCACAGCCUACUGCCCCCCCACCUGCUGCUCAAUACCAGCCAUGGUGCCUUCCUGCCCCUCGGACUCAAGGUCACCAUCGUGGGGCUCUACCUGGCUGUGUGCAUCGGGGGGCUGCUGGGGAACUGUCUCGUCAUGUACGUCAUCCUCAGACACACCAAGAUGAAGACAGCUACCAACAUUUACAUUUUUAAUCUGGCCCUGGCGGACACUUUGGUGCUGCUGACCCUGCCCUUUCAGGGCACAGAUGUCCUCCUGGGCUUCUGGCCAUUUGGGAACGCCCUGUGCAAGACAGUCAUCGCCAUCGACUACUACAACAUGUUCACCAGCACCUUCACGCUGACCGCCAUGAGCGUGGACCGCUACGUAGCCAUCUGCCACCCCAUCCGCGCCCUUGAUGUCCGGACGUCCAGCAAGGCGCAGGCGGUCAAUGUGGCCAUCUGGGCCCUGGCCUCUGUUGUUGGCGUUCCCGUGGCCAUCAUGGGCUCAGCUCAGGUUGAGGAUGAAGAGAUUGAGUGUCUGGUGGAGAUGCCCACCCCGCAGGACUACUGGGGCCCCGUGUUCGCUGUCUGCAUCUUCCUCUUCUCCUUCAUCAUCCCCGUGCUCAUCAUCUCUGUCUGCUACAGCCUCAUGAUCCGGCGGCUCCGCGGCGUCCGCCUGCUCUCAGGCUCCCGGGAGAAGGACAGGAACCUGCGGCGCAUCACGCGACUGGUGCUGGUGGUGGUGGCUGUGUUCGUGGGCUGCUGGACUCCUGUCCAGGUCUUCGUAUUGGUCCAAGGGCUGGGCGUUCAGCCAGGCAGUGAGACCGCAGUGGCCAUCCUGCGUUUCUGCACGGCCCUGGGCUAUGUCAACAGCUGCCUCAAUCCCAUCCUCUAUGCCUUCCUGGAUGAAAACUUCAAGGCCUGCUUCCGCAAGUUCUGCUGUGCCCCUGCCCUGCGCCGGGAGACGCAGGUGUCAGAUCGUGUGCGCAGCAUUGCCAAGGAUGUGGCCCUCGCCUGCAAGACCUCGGAGACAGUGCCGCGGCCUGCAUGACUAGGCGUGGACCUGCCCAUGGUGCCUGUCAGCCCACAGAGUCCGUCAACACCCAACACGGAGCUCACCCAGGUCACUGCUCUCUAGGCUGACACAUGACCUGAGCAUCACCAGCCUCCGUGGGCUUCCCUGUGGCCUCAGAGGGCCUGCUGACACCAUGGGACAGGUUAGAACAUUUGGGCUGCCCCUGCGACCUGGGUCAUACUGAAGCUGCCCUCCCAGUGCAGGGUGGGGAGGGGGUGCAAGGACUCAUCUGUGAGCACAUGGGGCCAGAGCCAUGCUGACACUCUGAAGCUUUGUGGACUCUUCUGGCCUCUCCCUUGCUGCCCCUGGCUCUGUUGGGCACACACCUGGCAUUGUGACAGCAGCUGUGCAGUCCCAUGUGCCGCGUGCCGUCAUCAUGGAGCCCUGUGGCAUCUCCUCGAGGCAGCUGGAUGAGCUUGGCACUGCCUGGAGAGCCCAGCAGACAUCUCUGGGCUGUGAGACUCGCCCUGAGAGUGGCACUCCCUUCAGAGGAUUCUCAGUGAGCCUGUUUCCUCCAGGAGGACAACAACCAAUUGCACUGCAGAUGUGGCCAUUCAGGUGUGUGAGGUGGCCAGGAGGACCUGGGGGGCUGCAUGACCACUGCAGCCCACUUCAUCAUGUGUGAAGCAGCCCCAUGUGUGUGAUGUGGGGAGUGCUUUGUCGUGCCCCAUCUAGGGGUGCCUGUGUCCCCCUCAGGCUCCUCCUCCCAGUCCUCCUUUUAGACUUCCAUCAGAGGUUCUGUAGCUGGCAGGACUCUGUGCCCUGUUUGGGUCCCAGUGGCCUUGGAAGGUGGCAGUUGGGACAGGUGCUGCUUUGCAUCCCCAAUUACUUUUACAAGCCUCCAGGUGUCUGUGGGGGUGGCCUGAGCUUUCUGCUGCCAGGACUUGUCUAAAACUCCAAAUCAGAGGAUGGUUUCAUGGGGAGAGCAGGUAUGAGAGGUGGAGUCUGGCAGGUUCUGCUUGAGCAAGGCUACAGGGACCAUCUGGGCUGGGGGACCCUGGGCUGGGGGUGUUGUUCUGUUGUGGCCACCCAGAGAGGCCCCCUCCCAGUCUGCAGACAGAAGCUGAAGGUUGGUGACUUGGCAAACAUGCUUUCUGCAGACGAACUAUUAAAGCACCUGCAACACUGGAGACACCAUUCUGCCUCCACUUGUAAGCUGAGCCGCAGACCCCGGCCAGGUGACCUCAGCACAGGAGGUCACCUCCUCAGAACAGGAGGCACUGACUCUGGACUGGCCUCUCCUGCUCUGGGGAGCCCUGGCCCUGUGGGAUUGGUCCGGGGGAGGACGGGGCUCUCUUUGUGCUGCCUGCAGCCAGAGGCUCUGAGGACCAGAGCUGCCAUGGCUGUGGCAUUUUUCGUGCCAAAGUUGAAAGAUUUGUGACUCUGUGCCAGUGAAGCACGUGUCUUCUUGUAUCUG